GUUAAAAUGCAAUUGCGAAUUUCAAUAAAAAGCUUAACGGUUCCAGCUGGUGCAGCGAUCUUCACCAUAACAGUAGUAUCCGAAAAUUACUUACAUCAUUUUCGAGAUCUGAACUUAGAAGUCAUCUUCAAGAUCGUAAGUCCCAGAACUCUUGAAUUUUACUAUUCUACUAUCAUCGGACGAUAAAUUUACACAAAUUUAUAUACAACCUGGAGAAACAAAUAUAAACCAAAACUAAACCCAAGAUUAGUUCUAAAACUAGUCCUAUGCAGACAUUUCCAAUAGUUUUCCUUUCACUUGCAGUCCCUGUAUCUUCUCUCGUUACAGACCUUUCUUCAGAAUGUAAUGGCUGUUAUUUGGACGGAAAAUGCUUUUGUAAUCAUACGGUAGGCCUUUUUAGAACACUGUAUGAAUGUAAGGAAAUAAUGUGCGUUGAAAAAACAUACACAAUUUUAAAGUGGUAUUGUAAAGACAAUAAAGGAAAUUGCUUGGAACAUGGAGAACAUCGUGUCGGUGUUAUAAACAAUCAAUGUGUCACAUUUACUUGUAUAGUAUGGCGUCAAAUACCACGAAUGGGUGUACGGCGAAAUUUUAUUUGCACGCUGGAGCAUGUUUACUCAUAUUGGAAAAAUUCAACUCACAAGGAAAUCGAUCAAUGUUAAAUGGAAAUUCGAUGUUCUAUACUUUGAUGUUAAUAAAAUAUAUGUCAAUAAUG